GGCAGCCAGCAAGGGAGAGAGGAGAGACCAGGCGGGCGGCGAACGGAUACCUUUAUUUUUCUCACAAAUUACCCAAGAUGACGAGUGUGGAGAGACUUUACACUUUGUACAAUGCAAUAGACGACGCCAAAGACAAAGCAGGAGAGCAUGAGGCAGAGUUCCUGGAGAUCCUGAGUGGGGUGAAGGGAGGGCCGGGGGAGAGGCGCCUCACAUCCCAGUUCAUCGCAAGGUUCUUCCGGCACUUCCCCAACCUUCAGGAUCAGGCACUCAACUGUCUCUUUGACCUGUGCGAGGAUGAGGAUGUGGCGAUUCGCAAGCAAGCUAUCAAGGACCUUCCCACACUGUGCAAGGGAAGGACAGAGCUGGUGCCCAAGGUGGCAGACAUCCUGGCACAGCUUCAGCAAGUGGAGGACCAGGUGGAGCUGUCAACAGUGCACAACUCCCUGGUCACUCUCCUCAAGACUGAUUCUAAAGGCACCUUGACGGGACUGUUCUACCAGAUCCAGCACAGCGAGGAUGAGUUGGUGAGGGAACGCUGCAUCCGUUUUGUUCAUGCCAAGCUGCGUUCUCUCGGCACGGCAGUCUUCACGCCACAGGUGGAGACACUGAUUCUCGGCGAGGCAAAGAAGGUGUUACAGGCGGCAUCCUCAGAAGAUGAGUUCUCCCUAAUGAUGGGAAUCCUGCGGGACUUGAAGACGUGCCAGUCAGUGAAGGGAUACCAGCAGCUUGUGGACCUGGUGACUGAGCAGGUGGAUCUGACACGAGCUCUUGACCCCGCUGACCUGGAGAGUGUGCAGCGCCUCAUUUCCUGCACCAAGCAAGCCCUUCCUUAUUUUUCGUCUCAAGUACGGUCAACAGUAUACGUGGAAUAUAUGUGGAAGGAGGUGCUGCCAGUGCUAGACCAGAUAGAAACCACACUGACGGAGGGCGGCUCACAGGGAACGCCAAUCCUGGAUGUCCUCAAGAUUGUUGCUGAACUGAUUCCUCACGCUGGGAACCUGGAGGAUGUGGCCGGCAAGGUGCUGGUGGUCUUCUUCAAGCUUCUGGAAGUGAUGCCCCUUCCUCCUGAAGGAGAUGCAGCUACAGAGGCUCUUGAGGGAGGAGUGAGUCUGGAGUUCUCUCGGGUGGAGUGCCUGCUGUUCACCUUCCACCAGCUGGCCAGACAACAGCCAGAGUUCCUGAAUGAUGACCCAGACAGACUCAAGGACUUCAGGAUCAGGCUGCAGUACUUUGCCAGAGUUUCACAAGCGUACCAGAAGCGGCUGAGGGAAGCUCUCGCCAACAAGACUGGGGAGGAACUGAAGACUGAAGAGAACAAGAUCAAACUCAUUGCCCUCAGGACCACUGCCAACAUCAACGUGCUCAUCAAAGACCUCUUCCACCAGCCGCCCUCAUACAAGGCAAACAUCUCGCUGUCAUGGAAGCCGACCACAUCAGGAGGCAAAGGUGUAGCAAAUGGUACAGAGAAGCGUCACCCGCCCAUCACUUUCGAGUCUAGCCCCAACAAGAGCCAGAAGGUGGAGCGGCAGAUCUAUGCACCGCCCAGGGACAAGUACAGCCAGCGUGCAGGACAGUACUCUGGAGGAGGAAACUUCCGCGGGAGGGGUCGUGGGCGAGGCCGUGGCUUUGGCUACAUUCCUGGCCGAGGCUCAUCAUACAGAGGCGGCUUCAGAGGACGGCGGGGAGGCUUCCGAGGCUACUGAGUGACCUGUACCUACUGUGUGACCCUCUUGUAACCUGACCUGACCCAAGGCACUCGUCACAGGGAGCAGUGUUGGUAAACUUGAGUGUGGAGUGUGUUGGACGUAAUUAUUGUAAGAGGAGAGGGAGAGUGGGACGUGCUGGGGGUGAUGUGGCAGUGUGGCAUUGUGGUGUGUUGGUUAGCCUGGUACUCCUCUGAAGACGUCACUGUAACACUUCAUCCCUCCUCUUCUCUCCUUGGAUCACAGGAAAGCCCAUAGUUUUUUUCUACAUUUUCUACUCCUUGCUGUUUUUUACAGUGUAAGUGUAACAUUAGGUACACUCCAUCAUAUAUUUACUAGCAUAGUUAAAUUAUUGAUUUUUUCGCAAUUAAGACUGCUAUCCAUGUGUUUUUCAAUCAGGUUACACAGGAAUUCAGCUUUUAAUGUAAUGUUGCAAAGAAACACUAAUUUCUAAUGCUCUCCAUCUGACAGCUAUGUGAAUAAGUUUUUUGUACCAUUUUUCUCCAGAGGAAAAGAGAAUCUAUCGUAACCUUCCUCAAUCACAACAAAAGCAGAGUUAUUCUUUAUUUCCCUUUACUAUUUCACUCUAAACUAAGACUAACCUGGCUCACUCUACAUAAGAGACUAUUGGGAUACUUUAAUGCAAUACAAAUUUACUUUAGAAAACAAAAUGUAUUAGAUGUUAUUGGUAACAUGGGAUCUUUUUUAUUUUCUUCUGAAUAGUGUGGUUUACAGAGGAGUUACACCUUUGAAUAAGUGUUGUGAGGGAGACAAGACUUCCCUUAUCUACUGGAACAAGUGACUGCCUCCUCGAAACAUGUACAAAAAUAUCAAAAAUUAUGACCGAUUAGAAGAAUUAUACAUAGCAAAAUAGCCAUUAGUGAUUAUGUACAUCAAAGGGACCAUUAACAGAGACUAACACUAACUGGCAUCUUGUAAAUACACAGACACAUUGUUGUAUAUCUUAAUCUUAAAUAGUUUACUAAAGAAUAGAGUGGUGGCCCCGAGUAGCAACGUUCCCAGAGGACUGUCACGUAGAGAAGACUCAUGAUAGCUUAGCAACAUCUCAAAGUUGAUCCAAGUUUACUAGACUGCACCGAGAAAAAUGUAGCUGAUUCUUUCUUAGUGAGUAAGCAACAAGUCCAGCUUCUUUUAAUAUUUUGUAUCUGCAGUUUGUGGUUAUGAGACUGCCAGUGUUUUGAUUCUUUGCAAGUAUUUGUUGUUUAAUUGUGUGACCCUCAAGCUUUUGCCACAAGUAGGAAGCUAAGGUUAUGAAAAAGUCCUCCUUGAAAAUAGUGCUAAAGGACACAACAUUCAAGAACUAUUAAAACAAGACAACCAGCAAGGCAUCCUGCAAGAGUGAUAAAAGGAUUCCCAACCAUCCCAUCAUGCUUCUCUUCCUCCUCCUACCACCACCACCACCACCACUACUACUACUACUCCCCGGUGCAAGAAGACCUCCACAAGGCUGCAAGGCUACCUCCACCACCACCUCCUCCACCCCCACAUGGGCAGAACCAAGUUAGACAUGUGUACCUCGAGCUUUAGUGCAAAAUCACACCCAGUACACAUGAGAUAAAAACCAGUAGCUAACUUUUAUGAACAUCUCUCUUUCCAGGCAGUGUGAGGGAUGCAGGGCUGAUCUACAUCAUUGAGUGGUCAAUUCUUCUUUAAUUUCAGCGUGGCAUGGCUAAGCUGCUUGGAAAUGCACCCUCCCAUUAUUCUUCUAGGAUUAAUGACUAUUACCUUUCUCAUGUACCUAAACCUGUGUGAAGAUUCAAGGAUUAACCAAUGUCUUAAUCUCUCCAACAUAUGCAGCUUGCAGUGUGUGAGGCUGUUGGUAAGUGGAUCUGUGUGUACAAACUGUCUCCCAUGGUACUACUAAUGCCUUUGGUUUUCAGCUUCUCCUACCUGCCAGCUGUGCAGUAGAGCAUGCAGCAUCUUGAUAUGUGCCCUUGUUCCCUUCAUUUCAACUUGAAGCCCAGGUAUGCAUUUCUCUUAGAUUUCUGUAGGCUCUUCACUGGAUUUUUCUAGGCUCUAAACUUUUUUUUUUUUUUUUUUUUUUUUUUAUCAGGAUUGUAGACUGAAAUGUAGGGAUAUUUUACAUGUUUGGGGGGAAUUUAAUUGUUUUUAUAGCUGUUGAGAUUUUAAUGUAUUGUGGACUGAAUGUUUUGAGGGAUUCUAAAUAUUUUUACUCUAUUUUUGUUUCUUUAGGGGGUAUUUGUUCUUGCAGUUUUAGACUAUUCUGUGUAAGGUCAAAGGUUUUUGCUUAUUGGUUUUUGUUGACAGUACAAUUCAAAAUAUGUUCUGGGAUGUGUUCAUGGUAAUCUUUAUUGUUACAGUCUUCCAUACUUCCUUGCCUCUUCUUAGUUCACAGACUCAUGACAGUAACAUACAUUCACACUUGUCCUCUGUUGUCAGUAAGAACUGAAUCCAUCUUAUCAGUCCCUUGAGAUUCUGUUAGUUCUUCAGUAUCCCCCUGUUUUUCCUUACACAGUACUGCCUCUCGAACUGUUUGCUUUUGUAUCCUUCUCACUUUCAUUCCCUUACAUUACUGUCUCUCGAGGUUUUGCUAGUUUCAUUAAUGUUUUUGUGUUGCACUGUCAUUCCUCAUACAAUAUUGUAUUUCUCAAGGUUAGGUUAAUUCUAAUAUCACCCUAUGUCUCUUAUUCUUCAUGUAUUACUCUUUCCUUGUCCUGUUGUCAGUGCCUAAGACCUCAGUUUUUGGCCACUUCUGUUCCUCAUUAACUACUUUCCAGCAGCUUGGGUGUUGGAGUAAGUGGUGAUGCAGCCAUGAAUAUCCACUACAUCACUGGUUCACUCCUUUAGCCCUUUCACUGCUAAUUGACACAUCUCUCCUUAAUCACAAAUCACUGAAAGACAUUUCUUCUUGUCCUGUUCUUGUUUUCAGCUACUUCAAAACAUUAUCUUGCAUAUCACUGACUCACUCUUAAACCCUCCACUGCUAUUUGACAUAUAUUUCCUGAAUCACUAGCCAUUUUGAAUAUCAUACUGGCUAGAAAAGGCAAAAUCUAAUCAUUUGAUCCCUUUCUCAUAGAUGUAUAUAAAAAUUCACACCUUUUUAUUGUGAAGUGUUACAUUUUGCAGUGAAAGGGCCAAAGAAUAUGUAUUACUUUAAAGACAAUUAAUAUUUUCAUUUCCAAGGGGUUCGUUGAUGAGUGGCUCGCUGUGGUGGAGUGUAUGGUGUGGCGGAGUGGUGGCCUGUUCAGUAACCUACCUGUUGACUCCAGCUGUUGUGGUGUAAUCCUAUCAUCUUUUCCAGCUGCUGCCAUGGGUUGUCUGCUGUAUGCUCAGAGUAAUACUUAUACCAUUUCUUGUCUGAGCAAUAUACAUACUUUUUUUUUUUUUUUUUCCCUGCUGAUAUAGGGAUAGGGAUGGAAACUUAAUAUUUUUUCUUAUUUUUUUUCUAAUUCACAGUUGUUGUUUUUCUGUACAUGGUUAGCUUUGUGUCAGGAUAGAUUAUUGUUAUUUUUUUUCUUUUUCUGCUGGGUUUGAUUUUGCAAUGUUUCCAGCGUCAGACACAAAGACUCAAGGUUGGAUUCAGUGCGUAGCUAUCUGGGAGAAGCUGGGAGAAGUAACACCCUAUGUAGAGGGAAAUGUCUUGUUUGUACAACAUUUGUGACAUAAAACCUAAAAUAGUGUUGAA